AUGAAGUGGUCAGACGAUGAGCUCCAGAGGUUCGAACCCUUCAUGGAACGCGAAAUCCUUGAAGGAAGCUCGUGGAAAGAUCGAGUCCGGCGUUGGAACAAUGAGUUCAAAGAAAAAAAACGUACAGCUAGUUCCCUCCGGGGGCUCUGGAAUCGACUGGACUGGGGCUGGGUUCCAAAAAGACGAAGGGGCAGCAGGGUCGAGUCGACCGCCGGCCGAAUCAUUAAACCUACCGGAUCCUCCGGGCGCCUUUCCCAGCGAACUCGCUUACAAGCACGGCUAUCACGGCGGAGCGCAUCCCCGAGCCCCGAACCAUCAUCGCCCGUAGCGCCCGUGGGCAGUCCGGAGCGGGAAGCGACGCCAACGCAAAAAAGGGAGCCAACGCCAGAGGCUCCACUUUCACAAGUGCGGCCAGCUCGCAAGUCUCACACAGCCCAAAAAACACCACGGCGGGACCGGGGUCACCGGCAGCCGAGGCUGGCCCAAUCCCCAGUAGGCCUCGGAGCUGGCGAGGUUCCCAAAGCAUUGAACGCUCCUGCUCACGAGGAUACUGUGAACUACGAGCUGGCCGGGAGCCUCUGGAUCUGCGCGAAAUAUAUCGCCAUGAAGCACCAACCAUCCUCCCCCACACCCCGAUACCUGUCCAGCGGUCCCGCGAAGAUCCCAACGAGGACGGUCCACAAAAUCCAGACGGCUCGCCGGUAUCCGGCCGAGUCUACCCGGCGACCCUUUCGCGACACCGAUGCAACACAGGGACACCAUGGAUCGAGGAGCAAGGAGAUUGGAGAGAGAUGA